CCUUUGCACUCUCGUUGGCUUUUGCUUUUCUCGGGUACAUUAAUGGAGCUAGGAUUAGUACUCCCACUCGGAACUUCAUUCGCAAAUUGUUAGUCUCAAUCUCAAUUGCCUCAAGCUAUGCAUAUGAAGGAGCUUGAGAUCAUUGAACAUGCUGGACUCUGCUGAUUUCGUAAGGGUCCGAAGAUCAAACACUAUAUGUGUCCCCAUGCAGUCAGUGUAUAGUUGUCACUCUCCUAUAUUUGUUGGCUUAUGAGUGCUGGUUGUUGUUACCCUAGGAUAAACGAAGCUACAUUAAAGAAAAACACACACACUCUCUCUCUCUCUCUCUGCAUUGCAGUUCGUAGGCUGCUUCGUAUUUGUUAGCAGCAAGCCUGCAACCGAAAGAGUCCAACUGUCGAAGAGAUUUUUUUGCACACAUUCUGGAUUUUCUAUGCGUGCUCGGCAUGUAUGAUAAUGUAGCGGCAAUGAGACUGAACUUUUUGGCUUCAACAAUGGGUUCUUCCUGUUCGCCUUCAUCAUCAUCUUCACAAUUUGAUGUAGGAAUGGUUCCUCAAAUUCUGGGCUUUCUUUUGUUCUUCUUCUUUUCUAAUGGAGCUUCGGGGACUACUUUUACUUUCGUAAAUGACUGUGGGUUCACUGUUUGGCCUGGAACUACAAGCUUGCCUGAUUCCAAUAUCAUCGGAUUUGAGUUAACAAAAGGUAAUUCACGAUCUUUUCAAGCUCCAGUUGGGUGGUCUGGUCGUAUCUGGGGUAGGACAGGUUGCAGCUUCAAUGUAUCCGGUUAUGGGUCGUGCACCAUAGGUGAUUGUGGCACCGGGAAAAUGAAGUGCAAUGGAAGCUUACCCACGCCACCUGUUACACUUGUAGAAUUCAUCACAGGUGGGAGAGAAGACUUCUAUGACGUCAACCUCGUUGAUGGCUACAACUUGCCAAUACUUGUGGAGCCGACUGGCAGACCAGCGUCUUACUUAGGUGGUUGUAGCAAGGCGGGAUGUGUUGACGACUUAAAUCAACGUUGUCCACGUGAGUUGACUUUGACCGGUGGAGGAGCGUGUAUGACCGCUUGUCAGGCCUUUGGCUCGCCUGAGUAUUGUUGCAACCGCUCGUUCUCAACAGCCGACACAUGCAAGUUUGUAGCAGCCUACGCUCCAUUGUUUGUAGCAGCAUGCCCGAGAGCCUACAGUCAAAUAUAUACCUGUACUGAUGCUGAUUACACUGUUAGAUUUUGUCCUGCUUCGGAUUCAUUUUCAACAAUCAAACAUGGUGGCCAACUGAACUCAAAUGACCGGCUUGUUUCCAUCCGUGGAAAUUUCACAUUAGGGUUUUUCGAUGAAGAUUAUAGGUACUUGGGAAUUUGGUACACCGAGGAUGUUGAAUCAAGAAAAAUAUGGGUAGCGAAUCCAAACACGCCAAUUAUAUCCACUUCAGGUUACCAUGACCUCUCCAUUGAUGUCAAUACUGGAGACUUGAUCAUCAUUGCAGGAGGGAGAACUCUUAUGAGUAUUACCGAUGUUCAAAUGGGUCCAAACCCUAAUGUGACUGCAACUCUUGAAGAGAAUGGUAAUUUUAGGCUGAUUGAUGAAAUUGACAAAAGGGUUUUGUGGCAGAGUUUUGAUCAUCCGACCAAUGUACUUUUACCUGGUAUGAAACUUGGGUAUGACAUGACAACAGGGAAGAACUGGACCUUGACUUCUUGGGUGAGCAAUGAUAUUCCUGUUUCAGGAGCUUUUACUUUGAGUUGGGAACCUAUCGAUGAAGGGUCGCAAAGAUUAAUGAUUCGACAACGAGGAAAACCCUACUGGAGUAGUGGGAAUCUAAACAAUCAAGUAUUUCAAUAUAUGUUUGCAUUGAACGGCCCAAGUAGCCAAUCUAGAUAUAAUCUCUCUUCUGUAUACACCAACGAAGCACGAUACUUUAGCUAUGAGGCCGAUAAUAUUGCUGCUUUACCCAUGUGGAUUUUAACGGCAAAAGGACAAAUUACUGAUAUUAAUAAUUCUACUGUUUGGACCCCUGAGUUCUGUUAUGGGUAUGAUUCUGGUAAUGGUUGUGUAGAGUCGAGUUUGCCUAAGUGUAGAAGAGAGAGUGAUAGUUUUAGUGAAAAGUAUGGAGAUUUUGCUCAGGAUAUGACAAGAAGUGCUAUUGAUGACAACUCGAGUUUAAGUAUUAGUGAUUGUUUUGUUAAGUGUUGGAAUGAUUGCACUUGUGUAGGGUUUAAUAGUAGUAACAUUAAUGGAACUGGCUGUGUUAUUUGGACUGGAAGCAAUAACUUUUUGGUUAAUCCUCGUGAUAACUCUACUUUAAACUAUGUGAUCAACCAAAAUCCAAUCACUCCAAAUACAGGUAACAAAACAGAAAAGAGCAAGAAUUGGGUAUGGAUACUAAUUGGCGUUGUCAUUCCUCUCUUUUUCCUAUGUUUUGGCAUUUUAUGGUAUAUAAAGAAGAGAAAGCGUAAACGGAAAGAAUAUGAGAGACGGAAGAGAGAUGAGUAUUUCCUGGAGUUGACAGCUUCUGAAAGCUUCAAGGAUAUACAUCAGCUUGAAAACAAUGGUGGGAAAGGAAAUGACUUGUUUUUAUUUAGCAUUGCCUCUAUCAUGGCUGCCACUGAUGAUUUCUCAGUUGAAAAUAAGCUCGGACAAGGUGGUUUUGGACCUGUUUACAAGGGAAGACUAAGUGAUGGGAGAGAAAUUGCAAUCAAAAGGCUUUCAAGAACAUCAGGGCAAGGGCUUGUGGAAUUCAAGAAUGAACUAGUACUCAUUGCUAAACUCCAACAUACAAAUCUUGUUCGGGUUCUUGGUUGUUGCAUUCAUGGUGAAGAAAAGAUGUUAAUAUACGAAUAUAUGCCUAACAAAAGCUUAGAUUUCUUUCUCUUUGAUGAAAACAGAAAGGCAGAGUUGGAUUGGUGUAAAAGAUUCAACAUAAUUGAAGGAAUUGCUCAAGGGUUGUUAUACCUGCAUAAGUACUCACGAAUGAGAGUUAUUCACAGAGAUCUAAAAGCUAGCAACAUUCUUUUAGAUGAAAGUAUGAACCCCAAGAUUUCUGAUUUUGGUAUGGCUAGAAUAUUCAAGCAGAAUGAGACCGAGGCAAUCACUAAUAGGGUGGUUGGAACAUAUGGCUAUAUGUCUCCUGAGUAUGCAAUGGAAGGGACUUUCUCUAUCAAGUCUGAUAUCUUCAGCUUUGGAGUCUUGAUAUUGGAAAUCGUCAGUGGAAGGAGAAAUAGCAGCUUUGUUUAUCUUGACCGGACUUUCAAUCUUAUUGGAUAUGCAUGGGAGCUAUGGCAACAAGGGGAUACAUUGGAAUUGAAGGAUCCUACAUUGGGAAAUAAUUUUGUUGUACAACAAUUCUUGAGGGUUGUUCAUGUUGCCCUUCUAUGUGUACAAGAAAGUGCAGUCGAUAGGCCAACAACAUCUGAUAUGAUCUCCAUGCUUCUUAAUGAUGCCAUACCGUUACCCACUCCAAAUAGGCCAGCAUUCAUCAUCACUGCCAGAAUGGAAUCAGAGUCGAAGUCAACUUUGGAUGAAAAUAAAGCAAAAGAUUGCUCUGUAAACAAUAUGACAAUCACUGUUGUAGAGGGUCGAUAGUUUAUGAGUGUAGCUACUCUUGUACAAUUAAUAUAUCAUUCUUUGUAAAAUAUUGAUUGUAUUGUAAUUUGUAUAUGAUAAUUUAAUUUUGUAGGAUGUACAAAGGCAUUAGCGGUGAUAUCGGAGGUUUUCUGGGUUUACCGU